UAUACUGUGACAGCUCGCUGCGCGGGUUUAUGUUUCGCGGGAGCAGGCGAUUCACAAUAACAUUGGAUUUCGUUUUAUAAGUGUAAUAUUAUCAUCACACGGAGUGCAAAAUGAGUUUAUGGGUCGACAAAUACAGACCGACGUCUUUGGCAAAACUCGAUUAUCACAAGGAGCAAGCCAGUCAGAUCAAAAAUCUGGUCCAAUGUGGCGAUUUUCCACAUUUGUUGGUCUAUGGACCAUCUGGAGCUGGAAAGAAAACCCGGAUCAUGUGUUUGCUUAGAGAGUUGUACGGUCCAGGGGUUGAGAAACUCCGAAUCGAGCACCAGACAAUCACGACACCCUCUAAAAAGAAACUUGAAAUUAACACCAUUGCCAGCAACUAUCAUUUAGAAGUGAAUCCAAGUGAUGCUGGGAACAGUGACCGUGUGGUCAUUCAGGAGCUGAUAAAAACUGUUGCUCAGUCUCAGCAGAUUCAGUCCAGUGCUCAGAAGGAGUUCAAAGUGGUGCUAUUGACGGAGGUGGAUCGACUCACUAAAGACGCGCAGCAUGCCCUCCGUCGAACAAUGGAAAAAUAUAUGUUCACGUGCCGGCUGAUCCUGUGCUGUAACUCCACCUCAAAAGUGAUCGGCCCUAUCAGGAGCAGGUGUCUGGCCGUGAGAGUCCCUCUGCCAAGUGUGGAAGAGGUGUGCAGUGUACUGUCGAAUGUGUGCAAGAAGGAGGGAUUGCUGCUACCUCCUGAGCUGGCCAAACAGAUUGCUGAGAAGUCCGGACGCAAUCUACGCAAAGCCAUGCUGAUGUGCGAGGCCUGCAGAGUUCAACAGUAUCCGUUCUCACCAGACCAGGACAUCCCUGUGACAGACUGGGAAGUGUAUCUCAGAGAAACAGCUAAUGCUAUAGUCAGCCAGCAAAGUCCUCAGAGACUUCUGGAGGUUCGGGCGCGAUUGUAUGAACUUCUAACUCACUGCAUCCCACCAGACAUCAUCAUGAGGGGGCUGGUGACAGAGCUGCUUAGCAACUGUGAUGGACACCUGAAGGCCGAGGUGGCUCAGAUGGCUGCGUACUAUGAACACAGACUGCAGCUGGGCAACAAAGCAAUCUACCAUCUGGAGGCCUUUGUGGCUAAAUUCAUGGCCAUCUACAAGAAGUUUAUGGAGGAUGGACUUGAUAACUUAAUGUUUUGAGCCAUUGUAGCCUAAAAUAAAUCUUAUUUUGAGUAACCUUUUUUCAUAAUAAAUAUAGUUCAAAAGCAUUUGAACUGUCGUGUUAUAUAUUAUAUCAGAUUAGGAGGUAUUAUGUAGUUAAAACCUAUGAAGCAUGAAAAGUUGUAUUUAUGCUGCGAGUUGAAUUAAUAGUUCACCCAAAAAUAUUUAUUCUGUUGUCAUUUACCCUCUUGUUAUUUCAAAUUUGUAUGACUGACUUUCUUCCGCAGAACACAGAAGUUAUUUUGAAGAAUGUUAUUAUCUGGCCCCCAUUCGCUUGCAUUGGUUUUGUGUCCAUACAAUAGAAGUGAAUGGGGGCCAGUGGUGUUCGGUUACCAACGUUCUUAAAAAUGACUUGUGUUCUGCAGAAGAAGGUAAGUCAUAAAGGUUUGAAAUGACAAGAGAGUAAGUAAAUGAUGACAAAAUGUCAAUUUUUGGGUGAACUCACUUUAAUUUCUACAAACGCUAACAGACAUUAAAAGUCAUUUGUCAUUAAAACAAAACAAACAAACAAAUAAUAUAUAUAUAUACUGUAUAUAUUACAGUACAAUCCUAUAGUGUGAAAAUGCCAUCUUACCAAAACGAACCAUGGUAAGGUUCUCUAGGAUUCUGAAAAUGUCAAUAUUUUUUCUACCUACGUUUUAACAAUUUGUAAGCCUAACAGAAGCGAUAAAAAGCAAACAUCUUAAAUAAAUAUUGUCUUUUUACAUAAAAUAAAUAGCUUGGUCUUUCCUCAAUAGCCUACUGUAAUAUCCAUUAAGAAAUGCUGUAAAACAAGAAAUAUACAUUGGGUGUAGUUUUAAACAGGCUUUAGAAGUCCCAAAUUAAACUUCAAUAUUAAAGGGACAGUUCACCCAAAAAUGGAAAUUCUGUAAUAAUUUACUCACCCUCAGAUUGUUCCAAACCUGUAUACAUUUCUUUGUUCCGC